AUUAUUGGGUUUGGUGGGUAAUUCCAGUUUUGAUAAAGUAGUUAGUUCCGUUUCGUGAUCAAAUUUUAGACGUUGUAGGAAUAAAAUAGCAUCUUAUUUGCGUAAUUUCUAUUCAUAAUUAUAUUCAUAUUAUGAUCUAAGAAUGAGUCAAGUUGUUAGUUAGAAGACGAAUCCCGAAAUCUCAAAUCAUUCUUCCUCGAAAAAGAAACGAGGGAGGGAGUGAGGCAUCAAUCAAUUUUCAAACAAACAAGGGGAAUUUGAUUCGUUCGCCAGGCCCCCAUAACAAGACAACACACUGCACUAUACACUCUCUCAUUACUACAAUUGCUGCCUCGCCGCUUAGCGUUCCUCCGCACGACACAUCUCACAUGGUGCACGUUAUUUGUUCGACAUAAUGUCUCCAUAGCAGUAACAACCCCCCAAACCCCAUCUCAUCUUCAUUCCUCAAAACUUUUAUUAUACCUGAAUAAACAACGAAUAAGAGAGAAAUAGCAACUAAAGACGAAGACCAAGUCUGACAGAGAUGUGGAGGCGCGUGGCUUCGCUUUCUUCCUCCGUCUCAUCCUCCUUUCUUGCCCAGACAGCGUCUAGGCUCAACACUUGGGAAUCAUUAACAACAGGGAUCGCCCAACAGGCAAAAGGUGUAAUAGCCCCCAAAGAGAAAACUCCAUUCAUAACUUUUGUCCUAGGUGGCCCUGGUAGUGGAAAAGGGACUCAGUGUAUAAAGAUAGUUGAGACAUUUGGAUUCGCACAUUUGAGUGCAGGAGAUUUGUUGAGAAGGGAAAUAGCUUCUAAGAGUGCAGAUGGUGCCAUGAUUCUUAACACAAUUAAAGAAGGAAAAAUUGUCCCGUCACAGGUGACAGUCAAACUGAUACAAAAGGAGAUGGAAUUAAGUUACAAUCACAAAUUUCUCAUUGAUGGCUUCCCACGUACUGAGGAGAACCGAGUAUCAUUUGAACGAAUUAUUGGUGUAGAGCCAAAUGUUGUACUUUUCUUUGAUUGCCCAGAAGAAGAAAUGGUGAAACGUGUGCUGAAUCGUAAUGAGGGUCGAGUUGAUGACAACUUAGAAACAAUCAAAAAACGUCUUACAGUUUUUCAGGCAUUGAGUCUUCCAGUUAUUAACUACUACUCUGAGAAAGGAAAGCUCUAUACGAUCAAGGCAAUAGGAACAGAAGAUGAAAUAUUUGAACAAGUUCGUCCAAUCUUUGCUGCGUUUGAGGCCAUCCCUUUAAAUACCCGGUGGAACUGGAACAUUUCUGCCCUGGUGGUAGUGAUAGAUAUGAGCCAGAGGGAGAAUAGUCGCAAGAACAACAUUAUUGUCCUCCAGCAAUUCAGACUGUUGGGUAAGAUUCUUGUGAAACAAGAGCAUCACAAAAACAGGAGUAUCCUUUUUACCUUGUUUUUAGGGCAAAGUCAAGGCCAGCUGAGGGUCACAGGACCUUCAAAAGUUUCUAGCAAGAUGAGGAAAUGAAAAGAAAAGAAGGAUGUAAAUCUGGUUGAGGUAAAAAAAGGAAGGGUGCCCAUGAUGUACUAAAAUAAUGUCUUGAAAACAGAUGCUUUUCAUUACUUUCAUAUAUACAUGAUAGUUUGAACGAUUGCUACCUUAAA